CGCGACGCGCACCCUAGUCCGCGCAAGUUCUAUGGCGUCGAGUUGUUAUUGUUGAGAGCGUUUAAUUAUUUUUAACAAUAUUAUGUGUGUUUUUACGGACUUUUUACACGAAAUUCUAGUAAUUAGUGAGUGUUAAGUUUAGUUAAUACAGUGCCCCAAAGGAUUUUAUGCACGGUAGAGCGGUUACAGUGUGAAAAGUAUGUCACUAAAAAUGGGGUAUAUAAUGUUUCUUUGCCGCUAAAUAACUUCAAACUCUGGAUGGCUCUCCCCACUGUACCUUGUGUGAGCGCGCCCGCUCGAGGCGCCCCCGACUUUCGGCGCGACAAGGCGCCUUACUAUUCGCGUAACUAAAUGGCCCCCGAUAGUGGCCAUCACUCGUCCGAGUCAGACGUCUCAACUAUAAUCACUUGUGAGGGGACUCUUGGACACCCAGAGUUUCCCCGUCAAUUUCAGAAAGUCGUUGAUAGGUUGAAUGGUUUGUUGGGCGUCCCGGUGAAAGUCCGCAAGCUGGAGCCGUGGAACUCGGUGCGCGUGACGCUGUCGGUGCCGCGCGAGGCGGCGUCGCGUCUCAGACAGCUCGCGCAGCAGGGGGCGCCACAAUUGCGCGCCCUAGGCAUACUCAGCGUUCAGUUGGACGGUGAGGGCGCCAUCUCUCUCAGGCUACAGGGACCUAAUGGCGAACCUCAAGAGGUCAUACUUAGGACCACCCAAGAUGGAUCAAGUACAAACACGAGCACGCCCUUCAAUUUGGGGUCAUUGUUGCCGACCGCGAGCGGUACGGCGAGCGAGGUCGGCACCUCGGGCAGCUCGCAAGUGCAAUUUAAGUCGCCGAACGUGGUUUGCCCCCCGGACACGGUCCUUCCACGGGUGGGGACCGCGAUGGGGCCACCCCAAACCGCCACCAAUACUCUUAACGUUAAUAAGCCGCCGUAUGCGGGACCGUUCCCUUUUGCCAGCAUGAAUCAGGCCAUCCAUAGCCAAAGUAAUGCGAAUCCCAGCGGGUCGUCGGGCGGUGCGUCUAGGAGCACCAAUAUGGAGCCACCGUCGUUUUUACCGCCCCCUUAUCCUGGGAUGAGGCAGGGGGGUACUUCCUCUGUGGCCCAGGCUAACCACCCAGCAGUGACAAUAUCAAGCCCACUAUUGGUGAAUUUGUUACAAAACGACUUACAAGGCAGCACCACCACGACGGUCGCCAAUUCGACGACGGCUAAUAAAGUGCCUGAGUUGCCUCCCCCGGCCACAACGGCGGUGGUUAGGCAGAUGCGUCCUCCACCACCUCCUGCCGGAGUAAAAAAUCAACUAACUCCGGUUUCUCCUGGCACGCCCCCGCUGAUGCAUCAACAGCAGCCGCCAAUCAAACAGGUCGCGUCCGCGAUCCUAUCCAAUCACGCGGUGUCGAGCAACAAUAACCUUAAUAUUAGUAGUAAUAGUAGUACUAUGUCACAAAGCGCCUUAUCAACACACACCUCGAUCGCCUCCAUGAUGAGCGGAGGCGGCACCGUCUCCGCUAGUAAUAAUAAUAAUAAUAAUAAGAACGCGAGCAGUUCGGUAGUGACGAGCACACAGAUGGCGAUCAAUAGUAUCGCGAAUUCGUUGGCGAACGCGGCGAACAAUAUCGCGAAUAGUACGAGCGCGAACGCGUAUAAGGGGCCUUAUCAACAGCAACAAUCUGCGUCGGUGCAGCAACAGCCGCAAACGGUCGUGCACCAUUAUCAGAGGACACCGCAGGGCAGUAUCAUUGCGGUUAACAAACCGCCUCCAGUACCAAACCAAUCCAUAGUGCAAAGCAACACCAUUCCUAUACACCAUCAACAGCAACAACCGCAGCUACGCCCCUCGUUGUCCCAGGCGUUGCUCAGACAGCAAAUAUUGUCCAACGUGGCGCCGCAGAAAUCUGCGCCGAUUUUCGUACAAAAUAACGUGCAAUUGGUUCAGAAUCAAUCCAGGGGAAACAUGAUCUCCUCCCAUAGGAUUAUUCAACAUAAUGUGCCGAAUCAGGGACUUGGCGGUGGCGUUGUAGGGCUGAAUCAGUGCGAAACGGUCGGGACUCAGGUGGCUCAACCGCAACCAGUGCCAAUCGUGAAAAAACCUCUGCCCUCACCGCCCCCGUACAACGUGGCGAUCUCCCGUACUAAUUGGGACCUAAACACGACCAAUUUGUUGGAUUUAGCGCCGUCCCUGACCGACCUGAAACCGGACGAACUGGACGAUCUUCUGCCCACUCUUGAUCCGGAUCUGGAGUUGGCGGAACUCGAGUUGCUCGGAUCAGCUCUUGGCGCCAGUUCGGAUUUGGGCGAGGAGGGCGGCAAUAGUAACGGGGCCGCCAGCGUGGUGACUUCGGUAGAGGAAAACAGUAUGGAGGGGGACGGGCGGAAAUUUCUGAUAAACCCAUUAACGGGAGAGUUGGAGCUGCAGAGCGGCGGUGAGGAGGAAACCGAUACUGAGGAUGUUAAAGAUGUUUUUACCGGUCUGGCCUCGCCAUUGGGCUUAUCAGACGAUGAUACGAACUCGACCACCAGACCGGACACCACGACGGAUCAGAGCGACAGCGAGACCAGAUCGAGCACAGAAGGAAAACAUCCGAGGGUGAAAAACUCGAAAGCGAGACGAGAAGGGCGUGAUUCGCCGGCGCAAAAGCCGACCGAAAAGAUCAAGCUUCGCCUGAAACUGGAGAAAAACGAACCAAUCAACACAGCUUACAAGGUGGACGUGAGUUUUAUUCACGCGCAACAACCGAAAAAAGCGACCACUUCGAUCAUGCCGCCGUCGGGAGCGUCUCCUGUGGGCGGAGCCGAAGAGUUGCGAGUGCCGCCCCUUCAUAUUUCCCUCCGGGGUCGUAACUCGGCCGUGAUUAAAAACAAGACCAAGCUGAAUCCGGACGGCACUCCCGUGGUGAAAAAGGCGCGGAAAAUGCAAGGCAAGGGCAAGAAGGAGGGUGGCGCGAGCGACGAGGAAAGUGGCGAGGAACAUAAGAAAAUCAAGAAGUUCAAGAGCAAUCAUGAGCACAAGGAUCUUUUGGCCACGCUGUCCGACCAUCCGGGAUCGCCGACGAACGCGAAAUACUCGUUGCAUAAUCACUACAAGGACAAGCAGAAAGAGCGCAGAGGGUCCGACUCUGAGCUGGUGCGCGCCAACAAUAAAAAACAUGACGCGAACGGUGCUCUCUUGGGGGAAGACAAGAGGCGGCGUCUCAGCCAAUCGGAGGGAGACAAACGGCUGGAGGAUGACGUGGGAACCGUGACAGUUCCUUCGGUUCUCGGUUCUACCAAUGUCGGAACCGUUGCGGUGUUGCCGCAGAAACUCAGAAAGGAUAAGAUCAAACUAAAGGAAACCUUCAAAAUCAAGGACAAUACGCGAAAACUGUUUGCCACCUCGCCCAAGUCCAGUUUACCGCCGUCGCCGCCGGAUAAAAAAACGCAACAGCAAAUGGUCGCCUUGCCGACCGCCAUCGAUGUCGAUAUGGAGGCGAAGUUUAAGCAGAGCUUAAUGGAGGUUGUGAUUGGGGAGAAGGGAAUUCCGCGACCGCCCCACCGGACCGUCGAGAUCGUCGGACAUGUGCAAAGCGAGGGUGCUCGAAUCGGUAGUGUCGGGGAAAAGGUUCCAAAGAGUCCAGUAGAUUCUUCGCAGAUCCCGCAAAAAGAAAAAUCUCCGGAGCCGGACAAGUGCAAUGUACCAGAUAAGUCGUCGUCAACGGGACUAGAUCAGGACCGGGACAAACAAUUAAAUGCGGGACGGUCUCCGAAUUCGGGCAGCAGCGGAGGCCAAGGAGAGGACAGCGGGAUCGAGAGCAUGGACGCGCUGAGCGAGAAAAGUCCCAAUCAGGUGAGAAAUGGGGCGUGGAAACCGAAUUUUAUUGCGAGUCAGAGUCCGCACGCGGACAUUCUACCAAACGUGGGGGUAGUGGUACCCCAAAUCCCCUCCAAGACCCAAGUGCCUGACAUGCUGGACAUCGAGGCCCAGCUUGCCAAAAUGGAGGGUCUCGAGCCCCACCAUGAGGAGGUUUUGGAGGAGGAGGAGAGCGAUGUGGUCAAAAACAACUCGUCCAACGCGGAAAUCAAACCAAACAGGACCACGGAGGACGUGAACGAGAACGAGUGCGUUCACCGGAGCGAUUCAAAACCCUGUUGUGAGCUCACGUGCACUCUGCAAGGCGGCUUAGAUUCGGAGAUUUAUAAGGAUUCGUCGGGAAUAGUCGAAGAGAUUAAAACGGUAAAAAACGAGGAUGAAGAACAGGCACAGCCACCGCCUGCUUCUCCCGCCCUCUACUCCUAUUCUUCCAAUUCGGUCGAUAAAGGAGGAGGAGGUGGAGCGGGAGGCGAUUCGAGGGGCGGCAGCGAAAGUCCCAUGGUUACCACCGAGGAUGACGAUAGUAACAUGGGUAAUUCGCAGCAUCAUCAGACCGCCCACGCCAAUAAUAAGAGCAAGAGUUUGUUAGAGCAGCUUUUAAUAGAGAUCCCAGAGCCUCACCAUGGGAAUGCUGUGGCACCCAGCUCGCAUAGUCCGGCCACAAGAUCGUCAGUACGGACGCGAGCCCACACCAAACUAAACAGUCCGGAGCUGAGCUCGCCGGUACCCAAAAACGCAAAAACCGCUCCAGCGACCACCACAGCCAAGAGAAAAAGAAACGAGAGCGACAGCUCGAACCAUAGCCUGGAGGACCGCAAGAGGCCACGAAAAGGCUCAGAAGCGUCGGAUUUAGCAAAGAGGGCGAACAACGCAGUACCACAAGGGACAGCGGCAACGACCGGACCGAAACAGAAAAACGCAAAGACCGCCGGGAAUAACGCGCAAAAUGAUGAAAGUUCGGACAGUGACGAGCCCCUGAUCGAGAAGGUGCGGAAGACGGUCCCCAAGGGUAACGCUAAUAAGGGACCCAAGGGAGCGACACAGGCGGCUGCUCCUCCUGCAACCCCCGCUAGUCAGAUUAAUAAUAAAAGUAAUACAAGGAGGUCUUUAAGGGCAGGCCACCAAAACCAACAGCAACAAGACAAACAGCACCAACAAGAAAAACCGCAAAUCGACGUGAAGCAACUGCCUGCCCAGAAUACUCGGAGUAGGGAGAAGGUGGUGCAGAAUCAGCAGCAACAGCUUGGGAACAGCCAGGCGGCGCAACAGCAGCAUCAGGCGCAGAACGCGCACCACAGCAACGCUGAAGCAGAAGCGGCGCUUAGGAGAAAAACGCGUAGUGCAGAUGUAGAAAGCAAACGCAAAAAAGAGGUAAAGUGACAUCACGGUACCGGCUGGCCGUUCGCGGAGGCCGGCCACCACAAUCACCGUUACCUCCAACUGCUACCAGCUUACCAGUCGUACCUGCACACUUACAUUUCCGCCGAAGGAGAGGUGGAGCAGGAGGACGACCCUGCGUCAUCCUCCUCCUCCAGCGAAGAAUGCUCCUCUUCCGGGGAGGAUCGCCGGAGCAGUUCCUGGGCGACGGAUACUGACGAUUGAGUGGGUACAAGUUGCGAUGGCGAGGAUGCCGUUAAAAAAAAUUGGCAACUAUUACGUACUAUAUGGGUGGCUUAUCGAGAACUCCAUCGUGGGUUGUAGGAAACGUAUAAAGAGGUAUAUAUUGAAGGUUUGGAGACGUGGCAGGAAUAUUGGGUGACAAACAACUUGAAUAUUUUGACAGUUUUAAUAUGUCUGGCUAAGGCUAUGUUAUUAAUUUUUUAGAUUCCAUGAGUAACCUAAAUGUAGUGUAUGUAUAAUGUGAUUGAUUUUCUUAAGAAGUAGGCUUUGGACAUUUUUGGCAAUAAUUAAGGGUAAUUUUUUUUCUCACUUAUGCAACGUUGCCACUCCUAUAGUACUCCGUAAAAGUUUAAUCUUCAAUGCAACAGCAUAUGAGAAAAAAAUAAAAUUUUAGCAUAUAAUAUCAAGACCUUUUGAUUUUAAUACAGCUCUAAAUUUAUUUUGCAUAAAAUUUAGUAACUUGUCAUGUUUUUUACUUAUGUGACUUAAUAUCUCUUACCUAUUUGAUCCCAGAGACUUUAUAUUGGGUUGAGAUCAGGUCACUAUGGCAUAAUAUUAGGUUCCCAUUCCAUAAUAUUCACAUUAUUUUCUUGAAGUUAAUUUUUUACCAACUGUGCAGCAUGUUUUAGGUCCUUGUCUUGCCAAAGAUAAUCUUAAGAUAACCGAAUAAACAUGUCGGUCCAUUAUUUGCUCUAUGCGAACAAUUGGACCUUGCCCGGAUCUAAAAAAACAACCCUGUACCGUAAUUUCACCCCCUCCAUGUUUAUUAACUGGUACCAUUAACUGGUACUUUGGCUCAAACCUUUUUCUGACUGGGCAUUUUAAAGUUGAUUCCUAAUUUAUCCCAUCACUACCAAAAAGCAAAGUUUUACUUUCGUCACUGAAUAACACCGUAUAUCAGUUUUCAGUGCUUCAAGGAGUAUUUUCUAGCGAAUUUCAUACAUUUUUAUCGAUUUGUUGGAGAAAUUCAGCGCUUCUUCUACAGGGCGAUGUUCUAAUAUUUCACGCUCUACCAAUCUGUGUCUACCGGUUUCAAGAAAAAUUCUAAAACUUUUUUACUGGUUUUCUCGCUGUAGCUGUGGAAAUACGCUAAAUUAUGGGAUCAGCGUAACGUCGGCGUUCGGCAAAAGUCGUUAAGUCCAACAAGUUAGUUUUGAGAUUACCGCGUUUAAAGUAUAAAUGCUACAGGAAUAUAAAUAAGUCUAAUUUUUUAACAGACAUCAAGAAAAAGUGGAAAAAGAGAUAUAUCUAUUGUAAAUUAAUAUUUGAUGGGUGUAAUUUUUUCCAGAACAAAAAAAAUGUGUUAAUGAAUUGUCCUUUUUUUUCUCUCUGGUUAUGAUAUAAACAUAUUAAUAAUUAUUACUGAAAUUAAAAAAAAACUUAAUUUUGGUUCUUGCAAAUUGAGAACAUAUUAAACAUACAAGUGGUAUAAUCACUUCUAAACACAUCAUCACCUUCCUUGCUUUUCUAGUUCUAUUAGAAAUCGCAACCCAGAAACAAGUGCCAAAUGUAAAUUAUGGUGAAGAUAAUUUUAUUCAUCGUCCAUCUAUAUUGCAACAAAGAUGGUCGCAGAGUGGCUAUACUUGUAUUUACUUCAGGCAUACAGAGCACCGGUCUUUACGUGGCUUAAAAAAUGAGUAAUUGUAUCCUUGACAGAAUAUGUGUAUAUUGUAAGAGAUGUAACUUCAAACAUUUGCCAUUACCAAUGCCUACUUUGCAAGAAAUCGAUCGCCGCAGUUCAUUGUGUGGCGUCCUAUGUAGGAUUGUUAGAUUUGAAUUAACGAAGUUGUUCAAGUUCAGUUGUUUACUUCCGCUAUAACCAAGAAUGCUUAAAGUGAAAAUAUUUUAGUCAUGUGUCAACGAAAACCCAUGCCACCUUGCCAAACUUUCAUUAUUUUCCUAUUUUUAAGUUUUCCUAUAAUACUUCAAUGCAGUUCCCGCUUAACUACCGUAAUAUGAGGCAUCCUUUAAUUGCAAUUUGACCCUCCUCCGCGCCACCAUCCAACCCUAUUUUGAGUAAGCCGGGUUUUUGUUGUUGUUCAUCGGGGGCGGAUCACUUUAUAAUCGUCGCGCUAAAUGAUUGAGUUGCAUUUCGGUUCAUACGACAGCUAAAACUUGACUAAUGUGCCUUCAUAUAAUUAAACUACUGACAAAAAGUGUAUACUACUUGAUGCGUGUUCAAACUAGUAAGACAGCUGUAUUUUUAUUUUUAUUUACAAAAUGGAAAAAAAUCGUUAAAGUAUUCCGCCCCCGAAGGUAUGAGGUCGAUCGCCUUUGCGAAAUCUUCAAAAAAACAAAAAAUAUACACACGAUUGUGAUAGACGCGUAAACUGUGAAGGCUCGUUGCUAGUUCGAAUAAUAACAACAUGAUAGUCGCGAUUUAUCGUAUUAGACAUGUAAGGCUUCGUAACGAUUAUGUUGUUUUUUUUUUGUUGUUAUUUGUUGUGGUUUGUGAAUUAAAAUCGAUAGUAGCGUUAGGCGUUAAGGUCGGUUUCAGGUCCUAAAAAUUACUAAAUCAGGGUCGAGAAAGCCAGUGAUUUUUAUUUUUAAUACUGAUGUUAUACAUUAAUUUUUAUUUAAUUAAUUCUUAACUCUACGAGUUACAGAGACAUGUGUAGGAAGUAAAAACAUACAUAAGAUCGUUUCAAAUUAUUAUUAAUUUUUUGUUCAUAGAUUUUGUUAAUUUAACUACUCAAGCUUUAACCCUUUCAGUAUAUAUUCUCCCGUCCAAAGGACAAACCAUUUGGGUUCGAUUUGGAGCAAACCAUAUUUGUUUGUUUUGAACUUUAUUACUUUAUUUUUGUCAUAUUUAGUGUCAAAAAUGUCCAUAUUUUGGAUUUUAGGCCGUGACUUUUUUUUAAGGACAAAAAUACGAAAUUAUUUUUAUGAGAAACGUGAUAUUUACGCAAAUACAGAUAAAUGCUUAUUACUUUUAUUUGGAAUGAAACUUUACAAAACAAUUGCUACCUUUAAUAAUGCAUAAAUGUAUAUUACAUUUUGAACAAUACUGCUGUGCCCUACGUCACAACCACGCAUCUACAGGAAAGUUAUUUUUAAAUAAAAUGAAAAAAAAAGGGUUAAUAUGUCAUGUUUUCUGAACUAAAAAAAUUCUUAAGGAAAUUUUUGGACAAAUAAGCAAAUAUGUGCUUUUUAUAUUAAGUAUUUCUUCAAUUGAAUGAAAUUGAUCAACUUUUUAUUUGGGGUAAUGAAAUUAAAGUAAAAAAGACCAAUUACUAAAAAAGGCAUUAUUUCAGUAUCAUUUCAUAAUUACAAAUUAUAAUAUUGUUUAUUACUCUAUUGAGUUUCAGUAUUUCAAAUAAGAGAGUACAACUUGUUAUUUUAACAAAAAAAAUAUAAACCUUUUUCUUGGUAAAAAAAAUAAUGAUUAAGAAAGAUGGCAAAAUUAUAAAAUGAUAAAUUUAUCGAAAAUAGAUCAAAUCGUAGAUUUUGCAAAAAGCAAAAACGCAUUUUUGGAGUUUUAACUUAAAUUUUUUAAGAUAUGUACCUUUUUUUUGUUACACCUCUUGGUUCUAUUUGAAAAGCUGGUAAAUGAUGGUAAUUUUGUAAGAAACCUAGCUCGUGCAACUCCUUUGAAUUAUAUUAUUAUUAUUGUCUUUUAAAGCCAUAUUCAAAAGCUGGAGUUCUAACAAUAGCUUUUUCUAGAAAUGAUUUGGGUAAUACAUAUCAUCUAAAUAUGGACGGGAAUUCGUUUUUUAACCUUUGGUUGUGAUGAAAAAUCCGGCCACAAAUAAAAAUGUUGUCAGUGGUAGAUAAAGUUGGUUACAUUUAUUUAUUAAGUUAUGCAAGCCAUGCCAUUAACAUGCCAUCUGUUAAAUAAGAAAAAGGAAUAAAAACAACUUAUGUUUUCUUUGGACCCACCCGACACAGCUUGAUGCCAAACUACAACAAAUGGUGAUGAUUGAAAAUUUCUUCAUAUGCAAUGAACUUUAGGAAAAUAUAGGCUUUUUAAACAUUUUAAUCCUGCGUCCUAUAAUUAUUUUUUAUUAUUCAGCUUAGCCUCGUAAAGUAAGAAUUAUCUGUCUCUGAUUUUUAGAAGUCUUGUUGAUAUAAUUCCCUUGAUCGUUUUGCCUGAUGAAUAUGGAUAUUCUACUCAUCACAAUAUUCGUAGUCCGGUUUAAGAAAUUUAGAAUUGUGUUGUAGAUUGUGAAGUUUAAAUUCUUCGCACAGUUCACAUUCCUCGUGACCAAGCUGUGUAAAAAAAACUAUUUUUCUUUAGUAUUUGUAGGUCUAAAAAAUCUUAAGAGUUUGUAAUUCUAAAAGUGUAUAGUGUACACAUUUUUAUAAAGCUCUUUUUUAUUUUUCUUUAUACAAAUAUAUACUAUUCUUUGGACUCACCUCUCAGCUCUUAUCAAUUCUUUAAUUCCAUUUCUAUCUUUAUUUACUUUUAGUAUUGAUAAUUUUUUUAAAACGUUAGUUUUAUAAAUAUUGAUUAACACAAGAUUAAUUUAUACAGAAUAUUGCCGUACAAUAUUAGCUCAUCAUAUUUCAACAUAUUUAUUAAGGCAGAUACAUUUUUAAAUUAAAGUAAGGCAAUAGUAAUACACUCUGAAUACACAUUCAUUUGACUUUGAAUACACCUACCGUCAGUUUGUGGUUGAUUUUAACAUUUUCUCUAGUUAUGUUGUAGUUGUUUGAUUCGUCAUAUGUUGGUAGUACUAUAAUAGCAAAAACCAUGCCUGACAUUCGUCAUUUACUAGAUUUUACUGCUUUUUAAGUUUUCUGUACUUCCAGGUUCUCCUUUCCUUGUGAAAGACAUUUUCUUGCCAAUGCGACAAUAAGCUUAGAUCUCUCCGAAAUAUUCAUUUCUAAACAUUAAAAAAACACAUGUAAACACAAAUUAAAAAACACAAUAUUACAUCAUACUUAUAUUAUCACAUUUUUGACGAUUAAAAUGUACGAAGAUCAUUCAGUAAAAUAUCUCUAAAACCCUCAAAGAAAAAACAAAUUUUACUAAUAUAAAAUCACGAUAAACUAACGCAUGUGCGUAUCUAAAUAAAUAUGCUUCGACUCCGGCGAGUUUUGUUGUUGUCUAGUUAAAACUUUUUAAAAAAUCUUUGUUGUGCUAUCUAUAUAUAAACUAAUCUUUGUUGGUUCUUGUUGUGCUAAUUCAUUUUUGCUGAUAACUCAGUUUAAGAAAAAAUGUAGAUACGCGGUUCUGACUUAAGACGUCAGUAUGACAGUCGGGUAUACAUGCGGCAUAUUAGUGAAGUAUUUUAAAUUACAUUCGUCUUCUAACGUGAUAAGUAUGUAUUAUUUAAAUGCCAAAUUCUCAGUUGAAAGAUGAAAAGUCAGAAAAAUAUUUCAUGAAAUCAAAUCUUUUAAUACUCCAAUUAUCUGGCAGAAAUGUUAAAAUGGCUCAAUAGCGAUAUUAAAUUAAACAUCUUUUAUAUAUCCAAAGGUAUAUAUGUACUUGCUUAAUAUCUAAAAUAGUUUUUCUUUUGGUGAAACCUACUUUGCUUGCUACAAGUCCACAUCAAAUAUCCAAGGUCUCCAGUAUGAUUAUUGUUAACUUCAAUAAAAUUAGCAGUGAAAAACUGCAAAGUCUACAACCCUAAAUCUAAUCUAACUCUGCAUCUGAUGUAACAUGUUUAAGAAAUUCAAAUGAUAAUAACAAAUUUAAUAUGAGGGUUGAGAGAGUAAUACUUGUAAAAGAUAAUCAAAACAUUGUUAUACAGAUAUUUCAGAAUAAAUCGAUUUCUUAGCAAGUAAGAAUGGCUAUGAACAUUUACAAAAAUUGAAUAAUUAAAAACUCUUUCUAAGCAAUUUAUUAUAUGUUUUUAUUAUUGCCGCUCUAAACUAAUUUAAUGUGCUUUUCAAGCUUUUAUGAAAUCCAAAGAUUUAUUAAAAAAGAAACUAGUAUACUACCUAGAAUAUUUUAGUUUUAUUUAAAUUAUGGUCUCAAUGCACAGAAUAGACAUACAGUAUAAUCUCUCAUAAGAGGACACUUGCGGCUUUCCUCUAUUUGUCCUCUUAAAAGAAUGAAAAAACUACAAAAUUUUAAUAUAUAUGUACAAACAUAAAUAUUUAUUAGAAUAAGUAUCAGCGAAUACACAUAAGACAUAUAUCAAUGUGUUUAUUUACAAAUUCUUAAAUAAUUCACGCAUAUUUCGAUUUUUUUGCUUUAGUAAUUAGACGGGGUUGAAAACGGUAUUCUACAUUUUUAAAAUGUUAAAAUGCAAUGUAGUCUUGUUUUUUUUUAAAUCGUUAUUUACUUUGUGUAGUUAUUGUGUGGGUGCUUUGAACUACAUGAAGCUUGACAUCGUCUUCUUUCUCUUCUAUCAGAGGUGCAUGUUCAGGCAUAUUACCAAUCGCGUCGUAAAUGUUUGAAUUUAUUUCUUCUGUUGUUGCAACAUAACUCUUAAUUUUUUUGUGCCACGUUUAUUUUUCUGCACCACUUUUUUAUUUGAACUAUUGUAGAUAAAAAAAUCUAAUGUAGCAUGAAUAAUGUACAAUCAACUUUAUUUUCUUGAAACCUGCUUUUUUAAAAAUUACAAUUUUGUAUUGUUGCCUGCAAAACUUUAUAUUAAACAGUUUUGUUGUAGUAAAAUGUCUUCAAAACAUUAAUGGACUUUGUUAAUUCUUAAUCGGAUUUACUUCAUCCAUUUUUCAUAAAAGAUUCUUUAAAAUUAAACCUGGGUAAUAGAAUUUGUAACUUGAUAUGAUACCCUGGUCUAAAGUUUCACACAUUGAGGUGGUAAUGGGAGAUAAAAAGAUAUCUUAUGUUUUGUAGCUUUACUUCACGAGGAUGGGAUGCUGGUUUAUCCAAAAAUAAUAAUGUCCGUUUGCCGAAUUAUUUUUCGAUCAAAUCUCCGCAUAUACACUUGAAAGUUAUUGCAUGUCUCUUACGACAUUUCCCCAGCCAACCAUUGCAUUGUUGGCAACUUUUCAUUUUUCUCCUAUUUCUUGAGCCUUCGCUAGUGUCUGAUAUCGGAAUAUUUUGGUUACGGUAAUGGAAAAAUCAAUUGAAAUACACUUUGACAAUUUGAAGUCCAUCCGGUCUGAAAAACUCUUUUUACUUUUUAUUAUACUUUUAAUUACUUGACUCCCGCUGCAGGAGAUUUUUUUUUAUUCUUAACGAUUUUCGCGGCAUCAGUUUUUUCGAUAUUAAAUUUUUCGGCGAGCUUUCGAACUGAUGAAUGUUCAUUUUCAGCCUGCCUAAAUAAAAUCUCCAUUUUUUCAUGGAAACUAAGAAGUUUUUUUUACAAGGCAAAAAAUGGUAAUUUCCUCAUUAGCUCGUAGUGCAAUAUAUAUCACUAAUAUGCCAAUAGACUUAUUAGAGUGUGCGGUAUUGGAUUGUUACAUGGAAAAAAAGGCUACACUUUGGUUCCGAAAAAGUCGUCGGAUAAAGGUGUCCGCAAGGAGAGGUAAUAGAAUUGAAAAAUUGUUUGUUCAAUAUUUUCUGCAAAUUUUUAACAAACCGAUAAGUGUAAGAUCUCUAUGAGACAUUUAUAUUUUUGUUUAAAAAUCUGUUGCACGAACCACAGGGGAUAAGUAGGACACCACAGCAAACAUAAAUAAUUAAGGUCUUUUUUAGCAGUUUAUAACUUUUUUUUAAACUUUGCUAAAACUAUUAGUGCCACUCUGAACUAAUUUCAAUCGUAGUAAGAAAAAAAUUAUGUAUAAUAUUUAAAUUAUGGUCUCAAUAAACCUAUUUGUAAGAACUCUUGAGACGGUUAAAUUUUCUUUAACUUGCAAGAACAAAAAUUCUAUUUAUUACUUCAUUAAAAUUAUAUUUUGCAAACUUUUAACAUUUUUUUGUGUAGUUUAAUUUUAUUUAUACAUUAAGGGUUAAAUAAUUCACAAAAAAUCUUAUGGCCUGUAACCGACUGAACAAAACAAAAUUUGUUUCGGAUAUUGCACAUAUAAAAAAUAUUUUUAAGGUACUUUCGUGUGUCGCAAUCGUUUGGUGGUUCCCUUCGAAUAUUCAAGAGUGUUUUUCUGUUUCAUUGUUGUAUUUUUAUAAUGAAUUAAAUGCUAAGAGAAAUAAGGAAACUGGUGCGUGUAAAUAGUCGGACAGAAAAACGUACUUUUUCUCUCUCUCAUUUACUGCGAGAGGCGGGGAUAGUCUGUGUUCGAUAGAAUCUGUGAUUAAGCUGUUUUUCUACUUUUUAUAAUAAUCAUUAAAUUAUAAUAUUAACGCGUGGGUCGCGUCUCGGCUAGCAACAAGAAAUAGCCUUCUUCACCCAAAACACAGUGUAUAUAGAUAGGCAAAUCUGUACAUAGUAUACAUAAAUCGAUUAAAGUUAGAGCGUAUUUGCAUAGUGAACAGAGGUGUAUAUUAACUAAAAUAUUAUUGUACAUGUGGUAUUUUACAUACGGAGCUAUACUUUGCAUAAUAAUAUAUUAUACAUUAUAUUUUAAGUCUCUUUUUUUCGUUUCACGUUCGAACCGGUGGUUGUGCGUAAGCGAGAGCCGGAUCACAGACCAGAUUUAUAAACUUUGUUUUAUUUUUGUUUUUCUUUUUUAAUUAAAAAUGUGCAAUAUGUUUUUGGUUUAAUUUUGCAGGUUUAUUUUAACGAUAAAUCUGGUCUUAUAAGGUACAAAAGUUAUUUAAUAGAAAAGAAGCGCGACGGGCUCUAAAAGAGCCUUGAUAAGUAAGGGAGCUUUAGUUAAUUGUAACUUAGAUUGUAUAUUUGCUACGUUUUUAAGUAAAUUAUUAUUUUAGUUGUUAGAUCCUUACUUGACGCGGUUUCUUUCUUCGACUUCAACACCCACCGCUAACGAAAAAAUAAUAAUUUUGAUAUGAUCGCAGAAGUAAACUCUGUUUGCGGUCGGUUUUGGAGCUUUUUCUUUGUUCUGGCUUACGUUACGUAUGACGCGGUUCGGCUUGUAAUGUUCUUAAUUGUAGAUUGUGGAAAGGUUGAUUAUAAAAUAUACAUUGUUAAAUAGAAAUACCUUGACAUUUA